AACUCUGCCCUUAAUGAGUUUAUGUUCUAGUGGGGAAGAUAGACAAAUGAAAAGCAAAUAAAUAUUUUUGGAGAGUGAAAACUGCUAAGAACAAAGGAUCAGGAAGCUAGUGAGUGAAGGUGGGAAGAUGUGCUGUUUAGAUAGAAUUAAGUCAGGCCUCUAGAGGAGAUAGCAUUUGAAAAUAACUGAGUGAUGCAAGCAAUGUGAAGAUGCGGAGAAAGUACUGCAGGCAGAGGGAACAGAAAGUAGUCAAGAAAGCAGGCCUUGAGUAAACAAUGAGUGAGGAGGAGGCUGCCAGUAGGUUCUACCGAUUAGAUUAUAUAGUGCCUUAGAGGCCAAGGUAAGGGAUUUGGGCUAUUACUAGUGUGCUAGGAAAUCACUGGAGGGUGUUCAGCAGAGGAGAGAUGUAAUAUAAUUUAGGUUUAAAAAACAUCACUGUAGUUGCUGUGUGGAGAAUAGACUCUCGGGGCAAGACUGGAAGCACGGAGACUGAUUGGAAGCUACUGCAAUGGUGAGGCAUGUCUUGAGGGUAUAGAUGGUAGUGUUUGCUGAUGAACUGAAUAUUGGAAGUAAGAACAAGAAGAAAGAAGGAUAAUGUUCAGGUUUUUGGCCUGAGCAUGUAGGUUUGCAGGUCUGGACUGGGCAGUGAUCUCUGGGCUCGCCACUCCAGCCUGGUGUAUAUCCUCUGGCUCCAUGGCCAACUACUGGCUCCUACAGACUGGAUGAAGCAGACUAGAGACACAAGUGGAGAAAGCCUCCAGUUGGCAAGUUCUCAGAGUGUAGUCCUCUGGCUGCUGGCCGGGCCCAGCCUGCCUCAUGGAGAGGAUGAAUUGGCUAAGCAGACUGGCCUCCCGAGGCCCUGGGCACCGUGUACCUCAAGGGGCUAGUCUGCAGACCCCUGUCAUGGCUGAUCCUGAGACCUGCCUCAUGGUCUUCAAGAAUCACUGGUCGCAGGUGGUGCGAAUCCUGGAGCGGCAAGGCCCUCGGGCAGCUCCUGGGGGUGCAGAUGAUCUCAGUGCUGUGUGCAACCACACUUAUCAGAUGCUGACACUUCUGGCAGAGGAUCGUGCAGUCCCCUCAGCCCCCACAGCCCCUGGGCCCCUGCUGGAGUUUGCACUGCGCGAGGAUCUGCUAACCCGUUUGUUGGCAUGGCAGCUUCAGUGGGAUGACUUUGGGGAUGGGGUUGAGGAACGGCGGGCUGAGCAACUGAAACUAUUUGAGAUGCUAGUGAGUGAAGCUCGCCAGCCGCUGUUGAGGCAUGGUCCGGUUCGUGAGGCUCUGCUGACCUUGCUGGAUGCCUGUGGCCGCCCUGUGCCCAGUAGCCCAGCACUGGAUGAAGGCCUGGUGCUACUUCUCAGCCAGCUGUGUGUGUGCCUGGCCCGGGAGCCUUCAUUGCUCGAGCUCUUCCUGCAGCCACCUCCUGAGCCUGGAGCUGCCCCCCGUCUUCUCCUCUUUUCUCGCCUUGUCCCCUUUGUCCAUCGAGAGGGCACCCUGGGCCAGCAGGCCCGUGAUGCCCUACUCUUGCUCAUGGCUCUGUCAGCUGGGAGCCCCACUGUGGGCCGCUACAUCGCAGAUCACUCUUACUUCUGUCCGGUGCUGGCCACAGGGUUGAGUGCCCUGUACUCCUCGCUGCCUCGAAAGAUUGAGGUUCCAGGGGAUGAUUGGCACUGCCUGCGACGGGAGGACUGGCUGGGAGUGCCAGCCCUUGCACUCUUCAUGAGUUCCCUUGAGUUCUGCAAUGCAGUCAUUCAGGUGGCUCACCCUCUGGUGCAGAAGCAACUAGUUGAUUAUAUCCAUAAUGGAUUUCUGGUUCCUGUCAUGGGCCCUGCCCUGCACAAGACCUCUGUGGAGGAGAUGAUUGCCAGUACUGCCUAUCUGGAACUUUUCCUACGGAGUAUAUCAGAGCCUGCCCUGCUCCGAACUUUUCUGCGAUUCCUGCUGUUGCACCGGCAUGACACCCACACCAUCCUUGACACCCUUGUUGCCCGUAUUGGCAGCAACUCCCGGCUCUGCAUGGUCUCUCUGAGUCUAUUCAGGACCCUCCUGAACCUCAGCUGUGAGGAUGUCCUGCUGCAGCUGGUUCUCAGGUAUCUUGUCCCUUGUAACCAUGUGAUGCUGAGCCAGAAGCCAGCUGUGCGCGAUGUGGACCUAUAUGGACGAGCAGCGGACAAGUUUCUCUCCCUAAUCCCACGUUGUUGUCGGCACCAUGCCCCCAGCCCACCCCGUCCAGAGCAUGCCUCGUGGGCACGAGGUGGGCCUACCAGAGAGGCAGGGAGAAGGGAGGACACCACGGGCCCUGGAAGCCCCAGUGUUGAUUCUUCUUCUGUGGUGACAGUGCCCCGGCCAUCCACGCCAUCUCGUCUGGCCCUCUUCCUGCGACAGCAGAGCCUGGGUGGCUCUGAGUCUCCAACCCCAGCCCCUCGCUCACCAGGGCUUGCUGCAUCCCCAGCCUCCAGCCCUGGCCGACGGCCCAGCCCUGUGGAGGAGCCUGGUGAGCUGGAAGACAAUUACCUGGAGUAUCUGCGUGAGGCGCGUCGUGGUGUGGACCGCUGUGUCCGAGCCUGCCGUACCUGGUCUGCCCCCUAUGAUGGCGAGCGGCCCCUUCCUGAGCCCAGUCCUGUUGGCUCCCGGACUAAGAAACGCAGCCUGUUAACUGAGGAGGACAGGGACGAUGUGGGAGAUGGGGAGGAGGAAGAGCUGGGGGGUGGGGGGCUUCCUGGGGGUGCAGGGGAGGGCCCCGGCCACCUGCCCCCUCUUCAGCUCAAUGGGGUGCCAGGACUGUGGCCUGAAGGGGCCAAGAAGGUUCGUCGGGUGCCACAGGGGGGAGCUGGGGAACUGCUAGAGGGUGUCUCUGAGGGCAUGGCAGGACUAGAGGGCUUUGGGCAGGAGCUCCGUGAGCUGGAGGUGGCAUUGAGCAAUGGUGGGGCUAGCUCAGAGCCCCCACUUGAGCCUCCGCUACCUCUUGAGGAGGAGGAGGCCUUUGAGAGUUUCACUUGUCCCCCUGAGCCUCCUGGCCCCUUCCUCAGCAGCCCUUUGAGGACUCUCAACCAGCUGCCAAGCCAGCCUUUCACUGGCCCCUUCAUGGCUGUGCUCUUUGCCAAACUUGAGAAUAUGCUGCAGAACUCCGUCUAUGUCAACUUCCUGCUGACGGGGCUGGUGGCCCAGCUGGCCUGUCACCCCCAGCCCCUGCUCCGCUCUUUCCUGCUCAACACCAACAUGGUCUUCCAGCCCAGUGUCAAGUCCCUGCUGCAGGUGCUGGGCUCUGUGAAGAAUAAGAUCGAGAGCUUUGCCGCCUCCCAGGAGGACUUCCCAGCACUGCUAUCCAAAGCCAAGAAGUACCUCAUCGCCCGUAGCAAGUUGGACUGGGCUGAGGGCCCUGCGGCAGGACCUACCUCCCGCCGCUCUGAUCCCCUAGUGAAGAGCCGGAGGCCAUCCUUGGGGGAGUUGCUCCUGCGACACGCACACAGUCCAACCAGGGCCCGGCAGGUGGCACAGUUGGUUCUUCAGCCUGGGAGAGACAGCACGGGCCUUGGCCUAGGUGGGGGCUCCCCUGGGGCUUCAACUCCAGUUCUGCCCCCCCGGGGUGGGGCCGCUGAACAUCAAGGUGAGGCUCUGCGAGUCAAGAAUGCCGUCUACUGUGCAGUCAUUUUCCCCGAGUUUCUCAAGGAGUUGGCUGCCAUCUCCCAGGCCCAUGCUGUCACCUCGCCUUUCCUGUUGGAUACUUCAGAGGAGGGCUCUGGCCUUCCCAUCUCAGGCUUCGGGCCCCUCAAUCCUUAACUUUGUUCCAUGGACAAUCAUGGCCUUGAGUGGCCUGGCUGGGGCCUGGGUGCAGGCUCCUUUUUAUGUUUGGAGGUGGUGGCAAGAGGACUUUAUAAUUUAUUUCCAAUGAAUGUUUUAUGGAGAACUUGUUGCAAUAUGUAUAAAAGGGAAAUCUCUA